GCAUUUUCAAUUUGACUGGCCCUCACCGAUUACUUCCUUCAACCCAAUAACAUUAAAUUAAAAAAGAAUCCUAUUUAUUGCAAUUGCAAUAGCACAAGCUCAACCCCACCACUUUCAUAUUUCACAGAACCACGAACCCAAAACCAAACCAAAACCAAACACGCGUUUGAAUCCACCAAAUCCAAAAUUCGGUUUCAGUGAGUUUGUUUUUUAGUUCACAUUUUCCCACUUCUCUCUCCCUUUGCAUGCAGAUGAGUUGUCAUGUGCUUGGCACGAAUUCAAGGCUAGCAAAACCAUCAGUUACACAUAUUCUGAGUUUUUUCAUUCAAUAAUACAUUUUUUUUUCCUAAUUUCUGUAAUUUUUGUUUUUUUCUACAGCAUAUAGCUGUGACUGGGUUGGAGUGAUGAUGUGUUAGUAUGUGGGGUUAUACAAGUUAAGACCUUUAAUUUCCGUUCAUCAUUAAUCUAAGGAAAAAGGUGGUGAAAAUCUCAUCAUUAUUUUCUUUAUCAGGUUUUAUUUCCUUUGGGAUACUCAAAUGCAAAGGUCUCUUUUGCAGGUGAAUUGAGGAAAAAUGGAUUUUUCUAUGGGAGCUGCAGGUGGUUCUGGAGAUGAUAAACACAAUCACAAUCACAAAAACAGUCACAAUAAGAGCUCAAACAAAGGGAAAAAGGCUUACCAUGGCCACAACUCUGAUAGAACAUCUAAGCUCGAAGAAAUGUUUCGCAAAUGUCCACAUCCAACUAAAAGCACAAGAUGUCAAAUAGCAGAAGAACUUGGACUCGAGCCAAAACAAGUAAAAUUUUGGUUUCAAAAUAAGAGAACUCAAAUAAAGACUCAAACUGAACGAACAAAUAACAGUAUAUUUCGUAUUGAGAAUGAAAAGAUACGUAAAGAUAACCUCUUAUUAAGAGAGGCAUUCAAAAAUAUAAUUUGUCCAUCUUGUGGAGGUUCAUCAAAUGUUGAUGAAAAGCGUAAACGUUCUCUGGAACAACUUCGUCUUGAGAAUGCUUGUCUGAGAGAAGAGCAUGAGAGGGUGUCUAGUGCUCUUGCAAAGUACAUGGGUAAACCAGGAUUAGACCUAAACAUGAACUCCACUCUUAUGAGGGGAUCUUCAUCACGUGGUCCAUUAAUACCAAGAAGUUAUCUGAAACUAAGUGCUCCAUUUCAAGGUGAAGAUACCAUGUUCAACCCUGGGAGCAGAAUAACACAAAUGGAAAAAACAAUGAUGUCAAAAACUGCAGUGGCUGCUAAGGAAGAAUUAAUUAGACUUAUGUGCACCAAUGAACCCAUAUGGGUCAAAUCUUCAAACCAUCAAAGUUUUGUUCUUCAUCUUGAAAGCUACGAAGCAUUCUUUCCAAGGAUUAAUCACUUCAAGAAUUCCCAAGCUCGUGUAGAAUCCUCAAAACAUUCACGACUUGUGAGAAUUCAGGCAAUGGAAUUAGUUGAGAUGUUUCUGAAUUCGGAAAAUUGGGCAAAUCUUUUCUCAACAAUUGUUAGAAAAGCACGCACAAUCGAAGUACUUGCAAAUGGUUCAAACCGAAGCGGAGUUUUGUUGUUGAUGAGCGAAGAGAUGCAUGUUCUUUCACCUUUAGUUCCAUCUCGGGAAUUGUGCUUCCUUCGUUAUUGUGAACAACUUGAAGAACGUUCGUGGGUGAUAGUGGAUGUUUCGGUUGACAGCACCAACGGGAACAACAAUCCUAAGUAUUGGAGGUGCCCCUCUGGAUGCAUGAUUCAUGAAGUUUCAAAUGAGUUGUGCUGGAUUUCUUGGAUUGAACAUGUAGAAGUGGAUGAGAGGAUUGAAACGCAUCAACUAUACAAAGAUAUCGUUAAUAACAACAUUGCGUACGGAGCAGAAAGAUGGCUUUUGGAACUUCAAAGAAUGUGUGCAAAAUUUACAAGUGUUGGAGAUGAAAACAUGCCUGAUUAUGACAUCAAUGGAGUGAUCCCUAUUCUCGGAGGAAGGAAAAAUAUGAUAAAGUUUUCUCAUCAAAUGGUAAAAAACUUCUAUGGAGUUUUAAGCAUGUCAAGUAAGCCAGAGUACCUUGAACAUUUAGCUGAGGAGAAUAACAAUAACAAUAUUAGGAUCGUUGUUCGUAAAUACACAAACCCAAGUCAAUCAAAUGCCAUGAUUAUAUUCAUUGCUACGACUUCUUUUCGACUACCAUUGCCCUCAGAAUACGUUUUUGACUUCUUUAGAGAUCCAAUAAAACGUGCUAAGUGGGACGUUAUGUGUUAUGAGAGUCCCGUGCAUGAAGUUGCACGUGUCUCAGCUGGAACUAACCCUAGCAACUACAUAUCAAUUAUACAGCCUCUUCAUGGAACUACGAAUAAUAUGGGCAUUAUUCAGGAGAGUUGUAUUGAUGAUUUGGGAUCAUAUGUUGUGUAUUCCCCAGUGAAUGUAUCUGACAUAAAAAGGACUAUAAAUGGUGAAAUGUCCAUUUUUCCAUCUGGCAUUGUGAUCUCGAAGGAUGUUCAAUCUAUUACAAAUGCUUCUGCAUGGAGUAGUGAAAGUGGUGGUUCCAGAACACACAGUACUUUAUUGACGGUGGCUUUUCAAAUACUGAUGAAUGGUCCAACAACUAUGGUAGCAGAAUCCAAGACCGUUGUUAACUCUCUCAUGACCUCAACAAUACAGAAUAUAAACUAUGCUUUGAUGAAUGGUUCUAAUUUAGAGUUGUAGUGUUUUUUACUUUUUAUAUGAAAGAUGGUACGAAUGGAAGUUUUGCUUCCAGAAUUUGUUGGACUUGUUGGUUCUUGUUU